AUGUCAGACACAUGCAUCGUCUGCCUGGGAGACUUGAGCAACGGUAAUGGCGAUGUUCCAGCUUCCCCGACUGUUGCCAAGUCUCCAUCAGCGACCCAUAUUGGCGACGUCUCGAAGACAUCCGGUGACAAAGCCACGCAACAUGCAGGAAACCACAGUGAAGAACUGAUCGCCCAUCUUCGACCUUGUGGUCACUACCUCCACAAUGAAUGCCUCACACCCUGGGUGGAGAGGGCCAAUAGUUGUCCGAUCUGUCGCGCCAGCUUUCACCGAGUUGAACUUGUGCAUACAAUAAACGGCGACGUUGUUUCCUCGUAUCCUGUUGAAGACCGCACCCAGGCUCCCGAUCUAGAUCCCUCUAUGUUCCUCGAAGUCCCCGAAGAAGACGAUGAAGACCAGCCAUGCCAGGCUUGUGGGGAGGAUGACAAUGAAGAUGUGCUGAUGUAUUGCGAUGGCUGUCAAAAACUGUGGCACACCUAUUGCGUGAAUCUGCAGGAAGUCCCUUAUGGUCACUGGUUUUGUGACAACUGCAGAGUACAGCGUGAGGUUGACCCUCGCCUCCAGGCCACCGCUCGCUCUAGUCGUCUGUCCCGCCGACGUACCCGAGGCCAACAACGACGACAGCGUGGAAACGAGUCAAGUUGGAACCAGGUCUGGCAAUCUGUUUGGUCUCGGAUCAACCUUGAUCUUGACUUUCCGUAUGAAGACGACGAUUCCUCCGCCACGUAUCUGAGGCGCCACCGUCAACGCAACCAGGCGGACCGACAAGCCCACGAUGCUUGGGUGCGCCGUAUGCAGGUUGCCGAACUUCACGGAGCUGGAAAUGGGUUUAGAGAGACGGAACCGGCUGUUUCUCGCAAUCCAGGAGGGGGCCUGACACCCAGGACCCGAAGACCGCGGUCCUCACCCGUCCCGCAAGUCGAGAAUGCGGAUGAACUCAUGGCAUGGCAUGCUUUUGAGCAAGCUUGUGCUACAUCGAAUGAUCCCAGUUCCUCACGCAAGAGAAAGAGGCAAUCAGGACCGCCGUCACCGGUAGAGCCUGAACAUGAUGCCGCUCUGGUGAUCAAGCGGAGGCGACCAAGUGUGCCCAUUCGGUCUGUUUCCGACAAUGGCGGAUCAAGUGCUACCAGCUCUGGGCCCCGGAGGUCGUCCCGUCUCGCGAGUCCUAUUCCGAGGCGACAGUUACCUCUUGCCUCAGCCCCCCCAAGCUUCCUGCAGUCGCUACUGCAAGAGGUAGAGGAUUCUGGUUCCAGCACACACAGCAUGCACCUCCACCGACCAUCACCCCGCCCUGCAGCUAGUCCACCAGCCGAACAAUCCUCACCUCAGCCGUCCUCGCCAGCCCUGUCUCCCCUAUCCUCGAAUCACUCCUCACCACGACCGAUGUCUGCAACACCGCCUCCUCUGGGAGCUCUGAGCGCUCUGAGACCCGGCUCGCCUGCUGGCUUGACUUCCAGUAUACAGCCCGUUUUUCCUUCUACUGAAUAUUCCCCGCUACGGCCCAAUUCCCCUGAUCCUGGUAGUUCGAACCCCGGAGACCUCCCUGCCGGUCGUCCUGAUGGACAAAAUCUUGCAAGGAUAGGGCAUGCGUCAUCUACAAACCUGGUGCGGCCCAGGCCACGCAAUCGCAUCCCACCGAUCCUGGACAAUCCCUCAAGUCCGUUUACGCAACCACGAUCGACCGAUGCUUCUCCAACACGAGCGACCAUGUCCUUAAAUGCAAAGGCUGACGUGCAAAAGCUUGUAGCGACCGCUCUCAAGCCGCUCUACCAUGAUCAAACCAUUACGAAGGACGAAUAUACGAUUAUCAACCGCGAUAUUUCCCGAAUGCUGUACGAUAGGAUCGGUGAUUUCGAGGCGCUCGACGUCGAUGGCAAAGCAAAAUGGGAGAAGGUGGCGGGCGACGAGGUCAACAAAGCUGUCAGCGCGCUCAAGGCUCAAGGAUAA